UUAGAAAAGGAACCACUUGAUGAGAAAAAGAGUGGACUCUAUGUUGGAGAUGUUAUUUGGUUGGAAACUCCAGUCAACCCAACAUGUGACCUGGAAGAUAUUGAAUAUUAUUCUAAAAAGGCAAAACAAAUGGGUGCUCUUGUGGUUGUUGAUUCAACCUUUGCUUCACCAGCUCUUCAACAACCAUUGAAAUGGGGAGCAGACUUUGCAUUACACAGUGCAACUAAAUUCAUGGGAGGCCAUAGUGAUUUAUUGGGUGGAAUGAUUACUGGAAAAUCGAAUGGAUUGAUUAGCAGCGUGAAAUCGUAUCGAUCAGUGAUGGGAGGAGUGAUGGGAAAUUUGGAAGCUUAUCUACUGAUGAGAUCUUUGAGGACUUUGAAUGUGAGAGUGAAUUAUCAAUCACAAUCUGCUGAAAUUGUUGCCAAUUGGUUGCAAUCUCAAAUUGGAAAUGAGGAAACUAGAAUGAAAGAAACUUCUGAACCAUCCAACAAUGAAAGAAAACUCACCAAUUAUGAAAUUUGUGAAAAGCAAAUGGAUGGAAAAGGUCCAGGAAUUCUCUCUUUCGAAUUAUCUGAUCCGUUGGAAGCCAGAAAAUUACCUAAACUCUUAAACAUCAUUGAGAAUGCAACUUCAUUAGGAGGAGUUGAAUCAUCCAUUGAUUACAGAUUCCAAUGGGAUAAUUUCUCUCCACCAUCCCUUCUCCGUUUAAGUAUUGGAUUGGAAUCACCUAAAGAUCUCAUUACUGAUUUGAAAAAUGCCAUUUUGAAACUUUAA